GUAGAAACCAAGUCAUUCAUCUCCAUCACUCGUAAUAAUUUUAACAUUAAUUGUAUGAUGACAGGGUACGACAUGCGCUUUCUUAAUUCACUUUCUCCCCACUUGCUCCUUACCUUAACAUUCUAUGAUUCAGAAUCAGUUCCAAGAAGGUUCUUCUUCACCAUAUCUUCAAAGGGUUUCUGUAGUCCUCAAAUUUCUGAAAAGUUCAUAUAUUUAUACGCAAAGCAGAGGAGCGAGGUAGGUAGUUGAAGCCCAUUUUGAUUUCUGAGUGAGAGGGGGGAAGAGCUUGUAAGUUUCAGCAAUGGCGCUUUUGCAGCUCUUCAUCACCGCGUCGAUUCCGGUCUUGAAAGUGCUCUUGAUCACUGCACUUGGCUCCUAUCUUGCACUUGAGCGCGUUAAUAUUCUGGGGGAAGAAACCAGGAAGAACUUGAACACUGUUGUAUUUCAUGUAUUCGGUCCAGCUCUGGUGGGAACUAACCUUGCCCAGACUAUUACAUAUGACAGUAUGAUUAAACUGUGGUUUAUGCCAUUGAACAUCUUAAUCACCUUCAUUGUUGGUUCUGUACUUGGAUGGAUACUCAUCCAAUUAGCAAGACCACCUCCACAUCUCCGAGGCCUCAUUUUGGGUUGCUGUGCGGCUGGAAAUUUGGGGAACAUGCUCCUCAUUAUAAUCCCAGCAGUCUGUAAAGAAAAGGGAAGCCCAUUUGGAGCUCCUGAUGUCUGUCACACUUAUGGAAUGGCUUAUGCAUCACUUUCAAUGGCAGUAAGAGCCAUUUAUAUUUGGUCCUAUGUGUAUAACAUUGUGAGGAUAUCUUCAAAGAGGAGUACCCAAGACUCCCCCAAGUCUUUGGAGGAACCCUCCGAAUCAAACCAAGUAAGUUGCACUGAGCCUCUGCUUUCUUCCAAGGAAUAUGGGAUAGUGGAGGACAAUGCCGAUCAGUAUGCACUACCCUGCACUAUAUCUCAACAAGACUCUAAGAUAGAACCUCCGAGUAAAUCCAAGAACUGUCUAGUGAGAAUGUUUCAAAAGCUUAAUCUGAAAACGAUAUUUGCCCCUUCAACUAUUGCCGCGAUUGUUGGGUUUGCAAUCGGAGUCAUCCCUCAGAUUCGUAAACUAAUGAUAGGAGAUGGUGCUCCUCUACGGGUGAUCCAAGACACUACUAACUUGUUGGGAGAUGGAGCUAUCCCCUCUCUCACUUUGAUAAUUGGAGGAAACCUCCUUAAAGGUUUGAGAGGGUCAGGGAUACAGAAAUCUAUUGUUGUUGGGAUCAUAUUCGUUCGUUACGUGUUCCUGCCUCUUAUAGGCAUAUUGAUCAUUAAAGGGGCGCUAAAAUUUGGCUUAGUGCACUCUGAUCCAUUAUAUCUAUUUGUUCUCCUGAUUCAGUAUACACUCCCACCUGCAAUGAACAUGGGAAUGAUCACCCAGUUGUUCGGAGCAGGAGAGAACGAAUGUUCAGUAAUACUGCUGUGGACUUACGUAUUUGCAUCAGUAUCACUUACUUUAUGGUCUGCCUUCUUCAUGUGGUUUGUGGCCAGGCUAGUGUGAAACAGCUACAAAGCAUCUCAUUCAAGCAAAAUCUAAAUCACUCAUCUCAGUUCUGAUAGAGAUUCGUUACAAAAAGACAAUAUUUUCCAAAUUUGUAAGCAACACAGGGACAACUAGAAGUGUUGUAAUUAGGUUCUGAAUCAAAUGCAAAGUAGCAAUACGCUUUUACAGAUCAA